UUACAUCGUCCAAUCUUUCUACAUAAAAUAAGCAUUCUCCUUCGAAGGUAUUAACGUUGCGCGUUCAUUUAAAUUAAUCAAUAUCUAGAUUCCCUAUAAACAAAAAGUUCACAUUUCAGAAAUCAAAUAUAAACGGAUUGAUGUAACAGUGUAUGUAACUGAUCCAAUGGUACGUGAAUAAAAUCCAAUAAAUCCAAUAAAAAAAAAAACUAGCAAAAUUAAACUACAGGUUAUCAGCACUGUUUUUUUAACCAGUAAGUCAUGAAUAGUGUAGACUAUGUCACAAAACGCAUCAAGAAAAUAAAUAUAUAGGCUAUAUAAAAAGAAAACAGCGAGGAUAAAGAGGUGGAGUGCAAGCACACACACAAAAAAAAUCUUGUGGAGGAUUUAUUGGAAAUGAGCGUGUCUGCGCCAUCCUCUGGGUGUGGCUCUACUCAGAGUGUGACCUCUCCCAGUGAAGAGAAGAAACAGCAUCCACACCAAAACGGGCACAGGCGAGUCAGACAAGAAAAGAGCGGCGCGAUGGCUUCAUCUCAAGGGAAAAACGAGCUCAGAUUUGCCGACUGGAUGGCAAGUUUGCCGGAGAGUAUCCAGAGCAUGCCUCUUACAAACCUAGCAAUCCCAGGCUCCCAUGAUUCCUUUAGCUUCUACAUAGAUGAAGCCUCUCCAGUUGGACCAGAGCAGCCAGAGACUGUCCAGAACUUUGUCUCAGUCUUUGGAACAGUGGCCAAAAAGUUGAUGAGGAAAUGGUUGGCCACCCAGACCAUGAACUUCUCACACCAGCUUGAAGCUGGGAUUCGAUUUUUCGACCUGCGCAUCUCAACCAAACCCAGAGACCCUGACAACGAGCUCUACUUUGCUCACGGCUUGUUCAGUGCCAAGGUCAACGAAGGUCUGGAGCAGAUCAACACCUUUUUGACCUCCCAUUCCAGGGAAGUGGUCUUCUUGGAUUUCAACCACUUCUACGGCAUGCAGAACUCCCACCAUGAGAAGCUGGUCCACAUGCUCCAGGAUAUCUUCGGGAACAAGCUCUGCCCGGCCAUCUUCGCCCAGGAGGUGAGCCUCAAGUACCUGUGGGAAAAAGAGUACCAGGUCCUGGUAUUCUAUCACAACCCUGCCGCUUUGGAGGUGCCUUUCCUUUGGCCUGGCCAGAUGAUGCCAUCUCCAUGGGCCAACACCACUGACACAGACAAGCUGAUCCAGUUCCUGCAGUCCGCUAUCACAGAGAGGCGUAAGAAAGGGACCUUCUUUGUGUCGCAGGUGGUGCUCACUCCGAAAGCCAGCACAGUCAUGAAGGGGGUAGCCAGUGGCCUGAGGGAAACUAUUACUGAAAGGGCUCUUCCAGGAAUGAUGCAGUGGGUGCGUACGCAGAAGCCCGGGGAAAGUGGUAUCAACAUCAUCACAGCAGACUUCGUGGAGCUGGGGGAUUUUAUCAGUGCGGUCAUUAUGCUGAACCGCCUGCUUGAAGAAGGAGGAGAAAAUGCAACUUGAUUUAGGGCCUGAGCUGCCUGAUGAGGGGAGAUUUUACUUGUAUUCUGUGGAGCAUUCUGGAGCGUUCAGAGUUUCUGGAAUCUUUGGGGCUACUAGA